AUACCAAAAUCUCUGGUAUCGAUACAUCAAUGUCACACUUCUCUGGAUUAGGUUCAUUUAAAGUUUGCAAAAACAUUCUGUUCAGACAUUGUUGUCCGUUGCUGAGCUUCACUGGCAGGCAGAUUUGUAAAGUAGGCCGACUGUGCAUAACAUCACCGCGUGUUUGCGUUUCCAUGAAAAUAUAUGAAGCCCAAAGUGGCUCAUGAGGGCUUUUCUUAAACCUGUUUUUCGAGUCCCUGUUGCUGAAAAGCCCCCGUCGCACAUAAACCCGGUUUAGUCCACUUACCGCAGUCCGAGGAUCACACUUGUCAGCACAUUUUCUACACCAUGGCGACACGCCCACGCGCUUCCUCCCAACCCGGGAAGCUUUCCUUCCUCCAGACCUCCAAGGCCAAUACAGCCCUGCGACCAAGGGCCGUGUCCUCGCGCUCGGGCUCCGUGCUGGAAGACGAGCUGUCGUGCCCGGUCUGCUGCGAGAUCUUCAAGGAGCCCGUGGUGCUCAAGUGCAGCCACAGCUUCUGCCGGGCAUGCCUGCAGCAGUUUUGGAACAAGAAGGCGGCCCGCCGCGAGUGCCCCAUCUGCCGCAGGAAAUGCUCCCUGACCGAGCCCACCGUCAGCCUGGCCUUGAAGAAUGUGGCCGACACCUUCCUGAGUGAGCAGCGGCGCCGGCCGGACGGUCCGGGCGCUCCCGGGCUGAGCGGGGACCGGGCCGACGUGCAGCAGGAGGUGAGGUGUGACGCCCACGGCGAAGUCCUCAAGCUCUUCUGCCUGGAUGACUUGCAGGCCCUUUGCUGCGUGUGCCACACUUCCAAGAAGCAUCAGGGACACCGAGUGUGUCCUCUCGAAGAAGGGGCGCACGAUCUCAAGGAGGAGCUGAAGAAGGACCUAAUUCCCCUAAAGAAGAAUCUGCGGCGCCUGUAUGAGGCCAAGCAGGAGUGUGAUGACACAACUGUGCACAUCAAGAACCAGACUCAAGCCACGGAGCAGCAGCUCAGAGGUGACUUUGAGGAGCUGCGUGAUUUCCUGCAAAAGGAGGAAGCGGCGCGGUUGGCCGCCUUGCAGCAGGAGGCAGAGGAGAAGAAGGAGCUUGUGAGGAAGAAGGCCGACUGCCUCACCAGGGACAUACUGACCUUCUCGCACGCGGUCAUCGCUGUGGAGAACGAGAUCGCGUCGGCCGACGUGCUCUUCCUACAGAAUUAUUUCAAGACAAAGAAAAGGGCAGAGAUCCCCCAGAAGGAUCCGGAAAAAGUGCCUGGAGCUCUUAUCAAUGUGGCCAAGCAUGUCAGUUCCCUCAAGUACCACAUUUGGGAGAAGAUGGCGGAGGUGGUUCAGUACACGCCAAUCACCCUGGAUCCCAACACAGCGUACUCGUGGUUGUCCAUUUCCAAGGACCUCACCUGCGUAGCCAACAGCGGCUCCCUCCAGCAGCUCCCGGACAACCCGGAGCGUUUUGGCCACUUCGUCUUCGCGUUGGGCUCGGAAGGCUUCACGUCAGGCCGCCACGCCUGGGAGGUGGAGGUGGGUGACAAGGAGGACUGGAUGCUCGGGGUGGUCAAGGAGUCCAUCGACAGGAAAGGUCGCAUCUCCGGCUGCCCCGAAGGUGGCUUUUGGAUGAUCUCUCACUAUGAGGGCGAGUACUCGGCCAUGACCAGGCCCAGCAUCCCCUUGCGCGUGGAGGGCGAGCUGAGCAGAGUGAGGGUGCAGCUGGACUAUGACGCCGGCAAGGUGAUUUUCUCCAAUCCGGUCAGCAUGACGCCCAUCUACACCUUCACAGACUUCUUUACAGACAAGAUGUAUCCAUUCUUUUGCCCCGGGGCAAACAUCAAUGGGAAUAACCCCAACCCACUCAAGAUUUGCCCUGCUAAUGUGGCGGUUUGGAACAGCGCCACAUGGUGAUGGAACUCAGAAAGUCACAAUUCAUGACCUCAAGAAUCACCUCAAAACACAUUCGGUUUAGGUCUUUCUGAUCCUGCUGGAUCUGUCUGUCAAUCUCAAUAUCAACCACUUAUCUUUUGUCCAUUGGCUUGAAACAAACCCAAAAAAACCCCAUUAAACUUUGCAUUACUAAUGUUGGAAAUCAAAUUGAAUAAGUUAUUUGUUAAUACCCUAACUGAAUAAAAUGUUGACGUGAUUUGAUUAAAAUGUGUAUAUUUCUGCCUAAUUGUAUUACGGUCAAUGCUGUACUGGAUUGCAAUACAGGGGCAUGCCUGUAUUUCUCUUUCUUGACAAUAGGUAGCGCUAGCUUGCGUUGACAUGGUAGCUUGCACAAUAUACAAGCUAUAAAUCACGAGAAAGAAGGAACGCACUCUUGUUGUUGAACAUACUGUAGGUGUACCCAAAAGCUUCAUAAAAUAGUGGGAGAUUGAUUUAUUUUCCACCCAGGUGGAAGUAGAUGUACAAAUAAUGAACUAGUUGAAUGUAGGACAACUCAAUAAACCACACGUUUUAGACCGUUCCCUACCUAGUGCAAAAAAGUUAGCCUGCUAGCUUAGCAAGAUCCAAGAGUUGCUGCCUGAUUGAAAAAAAUAUAUAUACUAAAUUAAAAACGCCCAGACACAGAAAAGGGUAAGCGAAUUUUAUGACAUAGUGAUAAAUUUUGGUAUUUCCUCGCGAAUGUCCGCUUUCUGUUACUAUGCUAUUCUGUGCUAUUUUUGUUUCCAGUUUUUCAGUGCCAAACGUAGACGCCAUUAAACAUUUACAUUAUUAAAAAAAAAAAUUAGCAUACAUUCAGAAUUUGAGGGACCUGCAAGGUGUCAACGUAAAUUCUCACCAAUGAGAAUUCAGUUCAAUCUCUGAGGUGUCCAAAAUAACCUAAAUAAUUUGUAUAUCAUUGGACAAAACUAUGAAUAAAACUCAGAAGACAAGCUGGUGGAUAUGGAAUGUACAGAAGCAAAAUAAAGACAAGUUGACCAACUUUAAUAUGUACAUGUUCUUUUUCGAAUGGCAGCAAAGCUACAGUAACCACAUAGCUGCACCAUUCGUUUUCAGUCGGGAAAUGGCACAUUCAGAGGUUCGGACGUGUUGUAAAGAGCCUCAACCAACAGAAACUUCCUAAACAAAUUGGAUAGACAACAGUGCAAAACCAAAUGUGAGAUUUGAGGGUCUCGCAUAUGCAUCAUAAUGGAAGGGGGG